AUGAGUGUAGCGGGCGCAACGGCCUACUUCGGUUUUGGUGCUUUGAUGAACAAAAUCUCGCUGCGAAUGCGUGGAAUUUGUCCUCAAUCCAGUUGCGCCGCCAAACUUCCUGGUUUUCGCUUGGUGUUUGGCGGCAGCCAUGGCAUGGCUACGGUUCUUCGGAGCAAAACAGAUGCAGUCCAUGGGGUGCUUCAUAUGGUGUCUUGCGAAGAGAAAAAACGCUUAGACAGCACAGAAAGCUCCUAUGAAGAGCUGGAAGCACACGUGGAAACCAGAAAUGGCGAGCUGGUUUUGUGCACACUCAAUGUCAUGCGUCCUGACGUCAUGGAUAACUUUUACGAAACUUUGCCAUCCGAGCGCUAUCUCGCAGUCAUGAUCGAGGGCGCAACUCAACACAACCUUCCAGCUUCGUGGAUAGAGAUGUUGCGAAGGACCGGCUGUGUACCUCGCAGCCUUUAUCGAAGCUUUCCAGUGAGCAGCGAGCUUUCUCUUUUCACACCAGCCCAGCUGCGCGAGAUGAAGGGUCUCACAUUCGCCAUCAACGGAAAAAUCCUUCGAGCAGACUCAGCUCCAAGUCACGUGCAGCGUCAGGUGAUGACCUACGGACCUGGCAGAGAUCACACAUUGAUGGUGGCGCAAGAAUACUACGAGCCCCUGUAUGGAGAGCCAGGUGCGUUGGAAUCUCUCACGAAGGAACACCGCGCCUUUUGCGAGCACCAGCUGGUGGUGCAGUACUGCAGCCCAACUGGCGAAACUUCGCUUGCAGUCCUUGUGGAUAUCUUCCAUGAUGACUUGACUGACUUGACACAUCAGCGUUUUGUUCGAGAGACUCUGAAUGCAGUGAAAAACUGUUCGGCAAACGUUGGGGAGACGACUUGCAUCAUCCUUUUCUCUGGGAGCAAGGAAGAGAGGGUGCUCGGAGAUGUCAGUUCAGAUUUGCAAGUGUGUGCCAAUUCAGAAGAGAAAUUCAUUGGACAUGUCAGGUUUGGGACUGCAGAGGAGCUACAGCAAAGCAAUUUGCUGUCCUGUGGCCCCAACAUGUGGGCCAUGGAAAGGCCCCCUGGUGCCAAGCUGACAGCUAUGCCGUAUGCGUAUUACAAGCAGCAUGUCAUCAGACCCUUGCGAAGUAUCGUAUUCAAUCGAAUCAGCCAGGCGGUGAACUUCAAGAAAUUCUCGUUCUUUGAGAGUCAUGAAGACUGGUGGAUUUACAUCAAUGAGUGCGAGAGGGCUGGGAAGCACCAGCUGUUCAAUGAAGUCUUGGAGUCUUCUUCGCCUCGCUGCCUCUACUUCGACCUUGAUGGCCCUCCCUGUUACAAAGGCAAUCACAGCUUCAUCGUAGAACUUCUUCAGAAAUUCGUUCGUUCGUUCUUCCUUGGGGACAAACUUGGCUGGCAGGAUUUUGAUCCCCAACCUGUGGUCUUGCAAUCGCAUCAGAAAGAGAAAUACUCCUGCCAUGUGAUGUUCCCACAGAUUCAGUUUGACGAUUACAGGCAUCAAAACCAGUACAUGUCUUGGAUUCUGCGCAGCUUGGGAAAGGUGGUUGUGGACGUGGAAGGUGGACAAGAGCGUUUGUUGCGUAGGCUAGUGGAUAGAGCGCCUUACAGGAGUUUCCAGCUGCUACGUGGACCUUUCGCAUGCAAGUUGAAGAAUAAGGAAGUGGUACGUUCCUCAAAAUUUGAGCCUGAGGAAUACUUCGACAACGACGUCCUAACAUGUUUUGCCGGCUACGUGCAAAAAGCCCAUGCGCUUCCCAUCCCGAGCAUGGAAGAGAUUUUGCAGUCAAACCAGGAACUGCUCGAAACGGACCGCGAUGAGGAGGAUGUUCGGUCCAAGGACAAUCCAGCGCUUUUUGCUGAUCAGUUUCAACAGAGGCACCACAGCGACUUUUUGGAUCUUGCGGGCUUGACAGAGCUGGAGCAGUAUGAGGUUCUCCUGCAGUACCUUGGGGAUGGCCGGGCAGAUGACUGGUGCAGCUGGUGGUACAUCAGUGGCAUCACCUGCAGCAUGUUUCGAAGCUUCAACCACUGUGAUGAGGCAAAAAAGCGAAUCUGGGAAGCCCACUGCAGAUGGUCGAGCCGAUCCUUCAAGUUUGACGAGGCCGAGAACUGGCAAAGGAUCACGGAGGCGGACCAGGCGCCUCAUCUGCCUACCUUGCGUUCUCUUAAAAGAUUGGUUGAGCAUGACCAUCCGCUGAUGAAGGUUCGUGAUAAGCUUUGGACUUUUCAUAUGCCAAAGCGAGCAGCAGAGGGCCAGCUGCCAUCCACUAUCAAAGAUGAGAAGCUGGUUACAGUCACUGGUGCAACUGAAUUGCGGGUGACGAUCACCUGUAAGGACCUGAGAUGCCUGGUCUUCAUUCUCAGGUCAGAGCAGGACUCUCGCCUAUUGCUCGACAGUGUGGAAUCCUUUGGCACUCCAGGGAAUCCAGCAAUGCUGUUUGCGUUCAAAUUUGCUGAUGCAUUGAGAAAAGACGGUCUUCAGGAGGAGCAUGACAGUGGAUGGGAUCUUUACGACCCCGAGCAGGACAGGACUGGAGCGGGCACGGGGAGCGCUGGGAGCGCGGGGAGCGCUGGGAGCGCGAGCGGUCAGGUCUGCUGGCAGAUCCGCCUCUCGGCGGCGGCGGCGCCGGCGGUCACCGCGGCGGCGGUCCUCGCGGUCACCGCGUCUGUGAAGGACGAUUUGACUGGUGGAAUCAGGAGCAAUCCGAAUGAUCGCAGACCGUGGAUCGAGAAAGAGAAGGGGGGAGUGAAGCUCUUCGUGGGCCGCUUGCCACGGGAAGUGAACAAGGCCCAGCUGGAAGAAUGCUUCAACGAGUACGGAGAGGUUCUCGAAGUUUUCAUCAUAGCUUCACAGGCAGCAAGUGGUGUAGGCUGUGCAUUUGUGCGCAUGGCUUCGAUCGAUGCUGCUGAAGAGGCUAUUAACGAGCUGCAUGAGCAGCGGGUACUCAUCCCGGAACAGGCAGACAUGGGUCCCAUGCAGGUAGCCUUCGCCAAGGGUGAGGCCAUCCGAUUAGGUCUUGAUGAGAAAGAAGAGAUCCUGCCAAGCUUCAAGGAAGCACGGCAAAAGGUUGUGGAGCAUCAGGAGAAGAGGCACUUCUUUGAAAAGAUGCACGAAGCACAAAAGGAGAGGAUUGUGGAGUACCAGCAUGCGCUCAUGGUCCAGCACCAGGCGAUGCUACAACAGAUUCAAGACAAGCCUCGAGAGGACUUAGUUGGCAUAGUGAAAGAUGGGCAGCGGAAUGGCGGUCAGCCGUUCAAGCAGCGGUGGUGGAGUUUUUGCGAUGCCGGUUGGUCCGGCUGCCGGGACUACGAUCCGAACCAUCACUCCAAGGAGGCGUUGACGCAUUUCGUCUCAGUUGCUUCCACUGAGUACGGUAUCGAGAAUUGGUUCAAGUCCCGCUUCUCUAAGUUGCCAGACUUGCCAGAGAAGCCCAAAGGAAUGCCAGAGCCAGGACCACCUGCUCUCUUGCCGCCGCCUGGUGGAUCGCCAGCACCAGGGCCGCCAGGUGUGCCUCCAGGACCCCCGCUGCCAAUGCCAGGAGUGCCACCUGUGCCGCCUCCUCCAGGGAUGCCCCCGCCUGGCGUGCCUGGUGUAGCGCCAGGGAUGCCUCCGGGUGUACCCCCUGGAGUACCACCGAUGCCAAUGCCGGGCAUGCCUCCAUUUAUGGGUCCGGGCAUGCCACCGAUGCCGCCAGGGAUGCCAUUCCCCCCUAUGGGUCCUCCGCAUAUGGUUCCACCGCCUUUAAGUAGUGAGAUCCCUGCUGGAGAUGGUGGGGGUGGCCGUCCUCGGCGGGCAGAUGGCCCAGCCAUCGGUGCCAAGACACUUGCAAAGGCUUCAGCUCCGCAGCCGUCCGAGGAUUCAUCGGAAGAGUCUGAGGACGAGGACAUUGGCGCCAUUAAUGCUGACGACAUCUGA